AUGGCUCAAUUACCAGUCGACGAAAUCCCCCCUGGCGAUCCUAUCUACGCGUGGGCACCAGUUGGUGAUACCAUCAAUAGCUCACCCAGCUCCGACGCUGGUUCCAACCACGAGAAUCCUCCCAACGUGAGCGUAACGGCUAACGCCGAUGGCCUAUACGAAUCCUCCGUCCCAGCCUCGCGGACCGUCUUGUCCCCAAAUACAUGGUAUGACAUUUUCCCCUUCGAUCCAAGUGGGAUUCCAAGGGAUAUCGCGCAGGAAACCCUCCGCCCCUCUCCCCACGGCGGCGAAGAAGAAGAAGAAGAAGAAGAAGAAGUAGGCGCCCAGCUGGUGGAUAUCCUCAUGUCGUUCCGUACUGAGUCCUCUGAUAUACAAGGGAAUUUCAGAAUUCAGGUUUCGAAGGAAAGGACGAGGCGGGAGGAGUAUUAUCCUUGGUUAGAUCAUGUGGUUGAACAUGGGGCGGUGCAGCACAGCACGGGGGGCGCCGAAGGCGCCGAAGGAUCAGCGGAAGGAGGAGGCAGAAGAGAGGCGGGGGAUGGGGCGGUGGUACCAGCUGGAAGGUUGGGUGAGGUGGUGGAGACGGUGUUUGGAGGCGCAUCGGAGGAGGAAAUGCAGGAUGCAUGGGAUAAGGCGAUGGAGGUGUUUUCGAAGGUGCAUUAUAAGUUCCACGAGGAGUGA